CUUACUUGAACAGGAUCUGUUCUAUAGGGUCGUACCUCUGUGUCCUUGAGUUCUAAGGAGACAGGAUCCAAAGUCUGGUGGAUGAACAAAAACCAUGAGAUCAGAGCGUGAUUAACAGCUUUAGGAUCCAUGUGAUCGAUCAUUGAAGCAGUAGAGGAUCAUUGAAGCAGUAGAGGAUCGUUCGAAGCUGGAGCCCAUCAAGCUGGGGGUGGUCACAUGGUUGUCUGACAGACUCUAAAAUAUUCUUUUAUGUACCAAAAAAAAACUCAGCUCAGCUCAGCUCAGUCAUCAAAAUCUGACCAAAUCUUUGUCUGAAUUCUCAUAGUCGGAAACCACCCAGCUUCAUUCACGCCAGAUGGAAGAAUCUCUGACCGUAAAAUGGAAGCACUCUUUUGUGUUCUUAAUCUCAAUCCUCAUCUUCCUCUUCUUUCUCCACUCUCAAAUUUCUCCCAACUUACUGCUAAACCACCAUCUCCAUCUUCGCGUCAAGAAAUGGCCUCAGCUUCCUCUCCGGUUCCGCUCCGAUGGCACCUUCAAGAUCCUUCAGGUGGCUGAUAUGCAUUUCGGGGCUGGGAUCUUGACUCGGUGUAAAGAUGUCUUGCCUUCUGAGUUCCAUUACUGUUCCGAUCUUAACACGACUCAGUUUCUUCGAAGGAUGAUUCAAGCUGAAAAACCUGAUUUCAUCGCCUUUACAGGAGAUAAUAUAUUUGGUCCAAGCACUGCUGAUGCUGCUGAAUCUUUGCUUCGAGCUUUUAGUCCUGUCUUGGAAUCUGGACUUCCAUGGGCUGCUGUGUUAGGAAACCAUGACCAAGAAUCUACCAUGACGCGAGAAGAAUUGAUGUUUUUCAUAUCCUUGAUGGAUUAUUCAGUCUCUCAAACCAAUCCAGUGGCUAAGAAUCCCAAUCAUGCCAAUGGAAGCUUCAUAUCGGACAUUGAUGGAUUUGGAAAUUAUGAUCUUAGUGUCUAUGGUGCUCCAGGUUCAGCUCUAGCAAAUAGUAGCAUCCUCAACCUCUACUUUCUUGAUAGUGGGGACAGGGAAACUGUUGGAGGAAAACAAACCUAUGGCUGGAUUAAGGAAUCUCAACUUCGCUGGCUCCAAGAUGUUUCCCAGAGACUUCAGGUAUCCCAUUUUCAGAGCAAAAAUCAAGAUAUCAAUUACACAAUUGGGGCUUCACCCCCAGCACUUGCAUUUUUCCAUAUUCCAAUCCAAGAAGUGGUGCAGCUGUAUUAUCAAAAAAUAGUAGGUGAGUUUCAGGAGGCUGUGGCCUGCUCAUCAGUGAACUCAGGGGUCUUACAGACCUUUGUCUCUAUGGGAGAUGUGAAGGCUGUGUUCAUAGGGCACGACCACAAGAAUGACUUUUGUGGGAAUCUAGAAGGUAUAUGGUUUUGCUAUGGUGGUGGCUUUGGAUACCAUGCAUAUGGAAGGGCUGGCUGGCCAAGGAGAGCAAGGGUCAUAUUAGCUGAACUUCAGAAGGGCGAUAAAGCUUGGAUGGGAGUGGAGAGGAUUAAGACAUGGAAACGUCUUGAUGAUGAAAUGCUGAGCAAGAUUGAUGAGCAAGUCCUAUGGGAAGUGCCACCACCAAGAUGAUAGCUGGAAGGACUAAGACACGUUCCCUCAUUAAAGCUUUAUUUUGACAGCCUCCCAAUUCAAGUCUCUUGUGCCAAACUUCUCCAGCAAUCUACUGAUUUUGUUUCAUCUGCAACUAUGAUUACCAGCAUUUAGCCCUGUUGUUAUUGAACUUUAUCAAUCCCCAUAACCCCUAUCCCAUCCUUCUUUCCAUGUCUAGUUAUUUCCCCCUUCUCCUACCUCUGAUCUUCUUUCCUCUUAUUUCUAGCCUCACCUUUUUCUCCAAGCUUGCAGCAUUUGGAGGUACAAGAAAGAGGCUGUCAGGAAGUGGACCCUAACACUCUGUUUGGAUUGGGGAAGUUGAGGGGGAAGGGAAAGAGAGUGAGGAAGAGAGAGCAAUACCUUUAGUUGUUUGGAUCAUUUGGAUUAAUAAUUUUAAUAGAGGGGAGGGAGAUGGAGGGAGAUGGGGCUCCCUUCCUUUUUCUUUUUCCAAUCCCUCCGGAAAUGAUGUAAUUGGAAGAAAUCUUACUUUUUAAAAGUAAAUUGAAGAGAUCAGAGACUUGAGGAUCAACUUGUGCAGAAUCCAGAAGUCAAGAACCAAAUAUGUUAUUUUACCAUUGAAGAAAUUGCAAAGCGAGACCAGAAACCCGACACGGGUGUAGUGUCGACACAUGAUCGGGGUGUCGACACCAUGCGUAAACGUCCAGAAUCCGAUUCUGUUUCUUAUUUUGUGUAAACAUGUAAUCAGUGGCACCACGUGAUCAGCAUCCAAAAUUUAAUUUUUUAUUUCUGUUUCAAGUCCUAUUUUUAUUUCAAUUAGGGUUUUCAAAAUCCUAUAAAUACCCAUCUAAAUUCAAAGUUAAAGGAGUUUUAAGAGGCUAGUGGCAGCCCUCUUUUGGGUAUUAUUGGAGAUCAAGAUUGAGGUUUUAUCAACAAUAGAAGAUCAAGGAGUUCAAUUUCCUCAAAUUGAGUUUUGUUUUUCCUUGGGUUUUUAUUUAUUGUUUGUUAUUUGAAUAUUCAUAACUUUGAUUUUACAUUUUAUUCUUUUUAUUAUGAACUGAUUUAUUUUAUUAGGGUUACGAUUUCCUUAGCAGAAAUCAAAAGCUAUAAAACACCAGCGUUGUCAUCAAGGAAACUAUUGGAAAGUGGCUUCAAAUUUAAGUAUGGAAUUGAAGAAAUGUUAAAUGCUGCAAGGAGAAAGGCUAUCUGAAAUAAGGAUAUAACUGCUAUACAUUAUGUGGCUUCUAUUUUUUGAUGAGGAAUAAAGUCCAAGUAACUGC